GCUCCUCUUGCUGGAAUUAAUCAUGACCGUACAGGAAGCACGCAUCUUCACGGUUUGUGCCCACACUAGAGGGUUCCCACGAUCCCUCCGUCCACCGCAGCUCGACUCCGCACUCCGAAUGUGGCGGCAAUACACUUCCGAGAAGAGAAAGAAAAUGGGGGAUAAAGAUUCCGAUCAGAGCCUCUCAGAUGAAGACGAGUCGGAUAAGGUCGCCUACGACCUCGACUGCUCCACCAGUCGCCAAUCCCUCUACCAUUCGCAUCGGGUGAAGGAUGACAUGGCACCAACAAAGUUAUCAGUUGCCUCUGCUGCUUACAAAUUUCAAAGAGGCCCUUUUCAUUCUGCAAACAACAAUCACAAGGGAGAGUGCACGUGUUCUGCAAUUAACGAGGAAGCAAAUGAGUUAAAUUGUUUAUGUAAGAAAGCGUGCAGUUCCUCAUUCAUCAGUCAUUUCUCUGAAGCAAAGAAAAGUUAUAAAAGUGGUAGGAGCAGAGACAAGCCUAAGUUUUCCAUUCGAGCACAAUUACACUCAGCAGAACUUCCCUCAUUUUGUUCAAUGGGCAUAAAUGAAGAAUGUUCUCAGGAGGGAUCUGAAAGCUUCAAAGAGCAUAAUGACCAUGACAGUAGAAUCUUAGAGGAUUCAAAGGCUGAGCUGUUGAGUUAUAUAGAGGAAGACAACCAAGAUUUGCCUGUCAAGUCAGUAACUCAUGAAUUAGCUUGUGCAUUGCCUUUGAUGGCUGAACUGCUGGAAGGUUUGGAGGGGAAGAAUGGACUAACUGCUGGGGCUCCAUACUUGAAUUCCAGAUCAAAAAAAAGAAAGAAACAUUAUUCUGGGGGGAAACAAGCUGCUCAGUUGGGUUCUAGAAUUCUUGAUAAUGAAGAUUCCCUUGAAUUUAUGGGAGCUGGAACAUCCAGCGAGGAUGAGGACCACAAUCAGAACCGCUUAACUCCUGCAAUAGAAGAUAUCAAACAACAGACAAUGGGAGAUCUAUUUCAGGAAACUUUUAAUAUAUCAGUUGGUAGCCCUUCAUUAUCCAAUAAUAGGAAUGCAGUAUCUGGGUAUUAUGGGAGAUUGCAGCAAGUUAUGCAGAUUGAGAGGGAUAGACAUUUCGAAUUCUUAAAGCAGUCACAGACAGGAGGGAAGAGCCCUCUAAAUGAUUUAAGGUGCAUUACAGUACAGAUUUUGUCAAGAAUUUUGGAGGCAAAGCUGACAGUUUGUCAUUGCUUGCUUGCUGAAAGCACCAAGAGCCAGCAGGGCGAGAAUGACUCUCCAAAAUGUCAUAAAGAGGGAACUCUAAGGACAGUUAUUUUCAGUUCAAGAAUUUGUGGGAGCGUGGAACUUGAAGUUGGUGGCUUUGUUCGUAUACACCCACCGUGGAAAGAGGUCCUAAUCGCCAAAGAAGAGAAGAUCUUAUUGUGCAGUUAUUUCUCGACAUGAUUGCCAGCUACCGAAAUACAGAUUUUUGGGACAAGAUGCGGCGGAGGAAACAAAUGUCAGUAUGCAAGCUUUUCCUCGUAAAGUGAGUGCCUACCCAUAGAACUACUAACCUAACCUACCUUUGAUUUGUAUAUGCAUUACAUGGGUUCUCAUUUGGAU